AUGUCCUUUACGGCUCGUGAGCGUUACAACCCACCGCCCCGAAAGAAGAGCUGCGCGUCAUGCAUCAAAGCCAAGCGCCGCUGCGACUUUGCCGUCCCGGCGUGUUUGAGGUGCUCGCAGCGACAAAUCCAGUGCGAGUAUCCGUCACGUACGCCGCGAACCAAGGCCAAGUCUCCCAGUCGUGUUGCAUUGGAGCCUGCGCCGUUGCAGGACGUGGCUGUUCCUGAUGGCGGCUUGGGCGAUGACUGCACGGAGGGUGCCAAGCCAAUGGCCUGUCAAUUUGGACCUAUUGCAAACGUAGAUGAAGAGUCCAGCCAGCACAACAUGCAUCAAUUUCUCGCCGACCUUGCUACUCUUAACUACAGUGAUGAGAGUCGGGACUACGACGCUGUGCCGCGACCGUCCAUGCUAACGGCGCCAGCCACCAAGGGACUCCAUGAUCGACUGACAGAGAUUGUCGCGAGAAGACUGCAGUUCUCUUUGGAUCAAAUCCAGAAAGCUCCCAGGACUAUGGUGAUGGAGAUGCAGACACCAUGGUCGCAUCCGCUGCUCUAUGCCGAUAGCAUGCCCCGUUCGAUGCAAGGUACAAAAGCAUCUCUCUGUCCUGUUAUCGGAUAUAUUGCAACUAACAAGAUUUAA